AUGCUCAUGAGUGAUGGAUUGUUACGGGUAUUUUGGCCAUAUGAUCUCCCGCGAUCUUCGUCAUCCGGUGUGAUUGUCGGAUGGCGGAACUCAGAACUUGAUCUAUUUGUGCUCACAGUGCUGGAAGAAGUCGAGCCACGCAAUGUCGACAAUGCUCUCCGCGCCGGAAUCCUGUUCCGCAACAGUCCCCACCCGAUUGGGCGCAUGUUCAGUCUCUGUGGCCGCUCUCAAAUGCAUGUUCUUGGCUCGACCAACUCAUCUGUGCCACCUACGUCCUUCAACUCUUCUCACCUUGACGUGACUUUGAACCCACCAUCGAAGGCCCCUCGAAUCUUCUGCCCACCAGAGGCGAAUUUGUCAGUGCAGGUUAUCAUGUAUCACCGCCCGCAUCCAACGCGCAUGGAAUACAUGUCGCUUCAUCCAAUUUCUCUGGCACUGGGAGAUAAAGUGACAAAAACAGAAACAUGGGGCCCCUCAUCUGACAAGGUCGAAUCAGAAGAAGGUGACAAGACCGGGUCCAAGCUUUUGGUCGAGAAGCUCAAGCUCCAUUCGGUUGUAAAACAUAUCCCAUCUCAGAAGGAGCAGGCCCUCCCACUAAUUAUAAACCAAGUCAACUGCGCAUAUGAGAUGUCACAGCUCAUGCAUAAAAACAGCCAUUUGAUUGGCAUUCGUGCGAAAAGAAGCAUGAGCGUUGGUGAGCGGGUUGUGGAAUCAGCGACAACUCUAUGGGGCUUUAUUGUUCUCUGUAUUGCUCACGUUUUCUGGCAAUGGCUGUGGCCCGUUGUCACUCGUUUAUUUGUCAUUGGGCUUGUGGGCCAUCGUUCUGUUGCAGAAAUCGUCUUGCAAGUUCUCGAGUGGCGCGCUCGGCCUGACGCUGCUGCUCUCAAGGACAUUUCGGCAACUGCUCAACAGGUUGAUAUACGUUUGCAGCAGUUUUGUUAUUGGCCAAUUCAAUAUGUCAAGCUUCGACAAAGAAAGGAUAAUUGGGAGAGCGUGACAACCAGUCAUCCGGAUUAUAUCCGGUUCUACAACAGUUUGUGGCUGGUUGCUAAUGAUGUGAUCAUUGGAAUUGCUAUGGGUUCCUACAUCAUUGAUAACGCGAACUGGGUUGCUUCGCAGAUCAACACUGUCUUGACUGGUUGGACCGUGGAAGGAUUACAGCGUACCAUAUCCUGGCUUAUGGAUUGGCCAGCUGGUUUGAAAUUAAACAACGAACUUGCAGCCUUCCUUGGUGAUUUGUUCCUUUGGGUUAUCGAGAACUGGGCAGCUUGUAUCGCCAAUCUUCAGCCCUUCCUUCCUGCUAUCAUCUAUGUUGUUGGGUGCUCUAGCUUUGCAGGAGCCAGUAUGCCAAUUGCUCUCUUCUCUGACCUCCUUUCGAUCCUGACGGUCCACAUUUAUUCCUUCUAUAUUGCUUCCGCGCGGAUCUUCAACUGGCAGCUCACUAUCAUCAUCUCCCUUUUCCAUCUGUUCCGCGGAAAGAAACGCAACGUCCUCCGCAACCGAAUAGACUCAUGCGACUACGACCUAGAUCAACUUCUACUUGGCACCAUCCUUUUUACGGUCCUUUUCUUCUUACUUCCUACAGUCGUGGUCUUUUAUUUGACCUUCGCAUCCGCCCGGAUGCUAAUCAUUUCAAUGAAGGCAGGGUUUGACACUUGCCUCGCAUUCUUAAACCACUUCCCACUCUUCGCGCUGAUGCUUCGCGUGAAAGACUCCCGACGUUUACCGGGCGGUAUUCGCUUCGAACUUCGGGAUGAUCCAAAUAAGAGUUACUGUAGCACAGAUUUGUCUGCGCGGGUCUCCUAUAUUCACUUAGAGUCCAUUCCCCUUCCGCUACGUGCAAUGUUCGACCAGUACUUCCAACUCGGCCAUCGGCUUCGGAAACACUACCUCGCACCUCGUGUCAUCUUCUGCCUCAUGACUGGCCGGUUUGUUCCACCCAUUCACCGCCGCAACCUCUAUAGCAUGCAGUAUAGCAUGCUACCUGCCCGUCGUGCUGGAAUGGCAGAGGUGUGGUCAUUACUCACCCAAACCAAGAAAAGCAACGGAGGAGGUAGUGGCGCUGGCUCUAUGGGUGGGGGUGUAGGGGUUCCAGGCAACCCAGUGCCUAAGGUUCCGGCGAACUUCGGCCAGGGUGAUCAGCGGAGAAGGGGUCACCGUUGA